CACACUAUGUACUGUAUGUAUGCUAGCCAGCCAGCUAACCAAUUCACCGCGUGAAAUGAGGAUGCGGGACACUAUUGCCCGAGCCGGGGGAGGGCAAGGAUGCGAUGCAUCGACCUGACGUUGUGUGUGAUGUGAGGCACAGCAGCCGUGAGUGAGUGAGUGGUGAUGCAGAUGCAGAUACACAUAGACUUGAUGACAUUUCCCUCUCCUUCUGCCUGCUCCAUCCAAUUCGCCCAAUUACUCGACGCUACACAUCCGCCUCAUCAUUCCAUCCAAGCCCAAUGUUUCAGGUACUGGCAAUCAAAUCCGGUGGCUCAAGGGAAUAGCUGUGUACUCGAGUACGCCAUUCACGUGUACCCCGUGACAGCCAGCCAAUGCCCUUCUGACGAGCCGUUGCUUUCCUAGUGCACACGGCACACUGCACCAGCAUGCCGUCCAAUACAUGCUACGCUGUGUGAUGGCUUUGUUCAUUGGUGAGGUCAAGCCAUCCUAUCAACCACCCAUCCAUUCCAUAUUCAUGCGUCGCCCAUUGCGGAAUCCAAACACUCGACUACGCUGCACAAUCAUCAUCAUCGCCUUCGCCAUCCGCCUAUGGCAGCCCUGUUUACGAGUCGUGCCCUCGUGGUGGGGGGGGGUCCAGUACUACCGCCUUUUCGCCGUUUAUUUCAAGUGUUUGGAGCACCACGCGUCCCUCCAUCUGCCCGCGUAUUGCAUUCGCGGCGUGGCGUGGCGUGGGAUCCACAGCUCUCGACACUCCGUCCUCCUCCAAGAUUGGAUAGGAUUUCGCCCAUCGCCCUCGAAUUUCUUCCCUGCGCCCAUCUGAUUCGACUCGAUUCAUUCCACCCUCGCGCGAAUGUCGUCUUGUUUGCGCAUUGGAAGCCUAACGUCUCCCUCAUCUCUCCAAGUCCGCUCCGUCCGGCGCGACAAUGUGAAUCAAGUCAUGUACAGUGCUUCGUGAUUAGCCUGCGAACAGGACGUUGCGGUAGUCCGAAAAAACGAUCGAGGGCUAAUUAUAACCGUCCGAGACACUCUCAAGUACCCUGAUUCGAAUGCUGUCCUGAAUCGCUGCUGAGAAUUGCCUUGUCGUGUUCCCGCCCGUUCGUCAAUGUUCGCCAUGAAAGGAGAGGCCUACCUCCCCGAGAAAAAAACGUCGUCGCGCUAACUCUGCUUGCAUCUAGCCCUGCUUGGCCAUAAUCUCUCCAACCUCAAGUCCAAGUCGGAGCAACGAGUCGCCAUCGAUGCAGCAUCAAUUCAGGCGCUGGCCAGGGCACUGAUUCCCAACACUGUCCUAUUGCGAAAAUCAUGCCUCCCCAAUUAGGACACAUAUGACACGUAUGGCAGGCGCUGCGACACUCCCACGACGUUUGGGCCGGUAUUGUGGUCUGAUCACCCAUGGCCUCUCAUCACUGCACAACAUGGUUCCAGAGCUGGCAUCUUCCUGGCUGACGGCCUGCACGGAAGCUCUGCGGGGGAUAUAAUCAGUCGCGGGGAACUAUGUUUGCUUUUCCCUCGUCUUCAAUCUCUUUGCAUAUACGGAUAUAUCCCCUGCUCGUAUCGACGCAUCCUCGGCCCAUCUACCUCAUCACUCAACAAUUUGCGAGCAUCCUCAACGUUUGUGGCAUUGUAUCACGUUCCACGGAUCAGAAUUCCAAGGUAGAUUACGCAUGAGUUUGGGAUGCGCGCGACUUUAAUAAAGAGCCGCAUCCCAGCCUGCGACCGUGUAUAUGUGACCCAUUAUAGCAACAAUCCUGGGGUGCAGUCUUUCACGUGUCCACAGGUGCUUUAUCGAUAAAUCUUUGUCUACCCUACCUAAGCGAGGUCGGCCAGCAUUCGACAGCUGAAGUUUUUCAAUCGGCGACUCAAGACCUCGACCGCAUAAAGCACCAUUCAAGGCGAUCUGCCCGAAAUGGCAUGUUGGAUACUAGGCAAUUGACGCCAUCUCCGAGGAACAGCUCCUUGAACCCCACUUGCAACGCCCUGGACGCUGUCCUCGAAUGAUAGUUGCAUUUCGCCUCUCUCUCGGCCUCGACGACUCGCUCCCACAAUUCCAACAACGGCUAUCUCACCUUGCGGCCAUGAACCUGUAUUGGGAGUCGAGCUCCACAAUUCCAACACUCUGGUCAACGUUUUGUGGUCGGUCUCUCUGUACAUGAUACUACCAUGAAUUCCCAAUACCUGAGAGAGUCUCGGCGCAGUAGACAUGAGAAACACAGCAGGUUUGAUGUGGGAUGUGCUUUGAAGGACUAUAAUCAGUCCCAAAACCACCUGCAGAUUUUCUAGCGCGGGAUCCCCUAUGAGGAUUUCGGUCAAGGCAGACUGUGCUCUAUUGAGACAGUCUAGCACGCUACCAAUGGAAGAAUCAGGCUGGCCAGAAACAUCUUGGCCGUGACACGUGCAGCUUCCCAUGUCAGUCCAGUGUUUUUCUAACUGUACUACAACGCGAAAUUCAGGUUCUACACAAGCCAUUCGGAUCUUGAAUUUAUGAGGCUCCGCCAUGGGCUCAUGUAAUUCUCUAGUCAAGAUUUGUUGGACCCAAGUGUGCCUUGGUUCCGCGGAACCAUUUCUU